UUCAAAGAGCUUUGUACCUUCCUGCAAAAUUUCUAAGAACAUAAAUUUACUGACAGGGUGAGAGCGUCAUUCUAAACCCUCUGGCAAUUAGCGGAAAGUGUCAAAAAUUGCGUAAACGGAAACGGUAAAGUAGUCAAGGACUGAAUAACAGGUGUUUGUGGUACAGAAGUAAUGAGAGAAAACAGCCACUUACAAACAAGCGAACUGUAGUUGGCUGCAAAGUUAAUGUACAUUUUGGGCUUAAAGACGUCCCCUAAAGACGACCAAAAUUUGAGCGCCGUAGACUUUUCGCAACGAAGAUUGAGGAUUCCAUCUCAAGUAUAGCCCAAGUCAAAUUCAGACAUGUGUCAUGAUAAAUGUCAUUUCUUUGUAGCUGCCUUCGUCUGCACCAUUUACAUAACGUUUAUUGAUCAUGGUGUGGAAGGCGAUUGCGAACGUUCGGAUGAAUACAUCGAACCCCAAAAUUGCACGGGAAUUGAGAUCGCAACGCGUUCAGUAUGGACGGGAACGCAGUGCUUGGACGAGUGUAUCCGCCUUCCACACUGCGACAAAUUCAUUUUUAAUGGGACAGGAAAGGAAAACUGUAGACUUUUGAGCACUGAUGGCAUAUCCUCUGCUCCUGGUGUUCGAAACUUACGGAAUAUAUCCGGCGCAUGCUUACCAACAAGUAUGAACAGCGUGAAAGAUUUUCUUUUGGGAACCAAGUACUGCCCCUAUCCACUAUCUUGGAAGUCAAACGAUCCAAGCUUAGGAAGUUCCUUGUCGAUAAAUUAACGUUUUAAAUAACAAACAAAAAACAAAACAAAACAAAUUUAAUCUUAAACAGUGCAACCGAGUAUAGAAUGAAACUCAAACAUCUCA